AUGCAGCCUCGGAACGAGGAAGACUGGGACCCCGGCCCUGUCCCGCGAAGAGUUCCUGCCGGUAGCCGACGAGAGAUAGGCAAGCAUGGUGAUACCAAGUCGGACGUCACAACCGCCGCCACAACGUCGGAAUUGAGGAGGAGGUACAAAGAAUUGUCCUUACGGAAUGAUACACGGCGCCACGGCGCCGAAUGGAAAAAGGAUGUCGCGCUGGGAUACCGGAGCGUUGUCAAUAUCUGA